AUGAAAAUGGCGGCUCUCUGUACUGAGUUUGGGGACCUGGUACAAAUCAAGAAACAGCUAAUAUCGGUGAUAUCGCUUUGUAAAGAAAGGGGACUUUUACACAGCGGAAAGUGGGCUUCUGAAUUGGCUUUUGCUUUGGACCGUCUUCCCAAGGAUGAAUUACCCCCGUCACCUCCUUUUACUGAGGAAGACGCACAAGACCUGGAUGCACUUACACUGGCCAAAUCCUACUUUGACCUGAAAGAGUACGACCGCUCUGCUUACUUUCUGAAAGGCUGCUGCAGUCGGAAGGCUUAUUUCCUUUAUAUGUAUUCUCGCUAUCUGUCAGGUGAGAAGAAGAAGGACGAUGAGACUGUGGACAGCCUGGGUCCUCUGGAGAAGGGUCAGGUGCGCAAUGAGGCCCUGCGAGAACUGAGGGUUGAGCUCAGUAAGAAGCACAAUGUGGGAGAGUUGGACGGGUUCACCUUGUACCUGUAUGGGGUGGUGCUACGGAAGCUUGAUCUGCUGAAGGAGGCGGUGGAGGUGUUUGUUGAGGCAAUUCACUCACUUCCCCUCCACUGGGGAGCAUGGCUGGAGCUGAGUAACCUUGUCACCAACAUUGAAAUGCUGAAGUCACUGUCUCUCCCAGACUGCUGGAUUAAGGACUUCUUCAUGGCCCACAUGUACACCGAGCUGCAGAUGAUCAAAGAAGCGCUGCAGAAAUACCAGAACCUCAUUGAGGCCGGCUUUUCUAAGAGCACCUACAUCAUCUCACAGAUUGCUGUCGCCUACCACAACAUCCGAGAUAUUGACCAGGCCUUGUCUCUCUUCAACGAGUUGAGGGAGCAGGAUCCAUAUCGCAUUGACAACAUGGACACAUUCUCCAACCUCCUCUAUGUCAAAAGCAUGAAGCCAGAGUUGAGUUACUUGGCCCACAACCUGGUGGAGAUUGACAAGUACAGAGUAGAGACAUGUUGUGUUAUUGGUAACUAUUAUAGUUUACGCUCUCAGCAUGAGAAGGCGGCUCUGUACUUCCAGCGGGCCCUCAAACUGAACCCUCGAUGCCUCGGCGCCUGGACCCUCAUGGGCCACGAAUACAUGGAAAUGAAGAACACGUCAGCUGCCAUCCAGGCCUACAGGCAUGCCAUUGAAGUGAACAAGCGGGACUACCGUGCCUGGUAUGGCCUCGGUCAGACAUAUGAGAUCCUAAAGAUGCCCUUUUACUGUUUGUACUAUUAUCGAAAGGCUCACCAGCUCAGGCCCAAUGACUCGCGUAUGUUGGUCGCGCUGGGGGAAAGCUACGAAAAACUGUCACAGCAAGUGGAAGCCAAGAAGUGUUACUGGAGAGCAUACUCUGUUGGAGAUGUAGAGAAAAUGGCUCUACUGAAGUUGGCAAAGCUCCAUGAACAGCUGACCGAGUCGGAUGAUGCUGCCCAGUGUUACAUGCUUUACAUCCAAGACAUUUUCUCUUGUGGGGAACAACUGGAGCAUGCGGAGGUGAGCACAGCCCUGCGGUACCUGGGUCAGUACUAUUUCAAGAACAAGCUCUACGAUGAGGCGUCCCUCUGUGCCCAGCGCUGUUGUGACUACAAUGAUGCGCGUGAGGAGGGAAAGGCUCUGUUGAGGCAGAUUUCACAGGUCAGAGAUCAGACCGAGACGCCGUCGGCAGAUCUGUUCGCUCCGCUCUCAAACAACAACACUCCCGUCAGGAGGGUGUCGCCGCUGAACCUCAUCUCCUUCACACCCUGACACUCGCCCUCCUAUUCACUGGCUUUAAAAUGGACAAUUUCUGUAUCCCAACUAUUUGGUGGGUAGGUAGUGUUGGAAGGAUUUACUUGUUGAUGCAUAGAUUUGUUAAUGACAUUAAAAUAAUGUUUGUAACAUUUUCAAUCCUGAUCAUUUUUGUCCGGGAUAAGACGAGUUCUAUGCUGCAAAUUUAAAACAAAUCAAAGCUCUUUCAAUUAACGCUUGGGAUGGUGAGCCUGAGGUACACAACUCCCAGAACCUAAUAAGGUUUUUUGAGUAGAUUUUUUUUUUUAAGACUCAUGUAGCUUUUGUAUAAUCUAAAGCUAACUCAACAAUGUGAAAACAAAAAAGGACAUCUUUUUUACAUUGUGUGUAUACACAGACACACUGCCAAAGACGGCAUCAUAUUUUGACUUGCAGUCAUGUGUUAUCACUGCUGUACAUGUAAAUUGUUUAAAUAAAGCGUACCUGUUAGGACAGUCUGUUCUGUCAUUUAUCUCCUGAAAAUGGAAAUAUUUCUGCUAUACUGCUUAGACUACACAAAACAAUGUUUAUAUUGAUUUUAUUGUAAAAAAAGUUAAUUACACACAUGCACUAUUCUUAACAUAUCUAUGAGCCACUGCUGCAGGAAGAUCAGUAAAGCUAGCUUCAGCUUUACUGAUCAAGAGCACGUCAAUCCCCCAACUUGUGUAUUGCAACCCUAUUUAAAGCAUGUUUGAACAAUUCUACUGGCCUGAACAUAACGGUAUUUGGCACAACAGCAGCGGCCGGUUCUCCGAGUCACUUGGUGCAGCGACCCCACAGCCCCUCUUCUUGCAGAAACCUGGUGUGAUGGGUGCACCACAGCCUGAGGAGGGCAGCGGGGUCAGGACGGGCUGGGUCUCUGCUUUUCGCCUCAAGUCAGACUUUACAAGCAUCGGGCCAUACCGUACGACAAUCGUCUUAAAGUUCCACAGAAAAGUGUUUCAUUAAAAGGAAGUCAUAAAAAUAGUACAAUAAAGUAUGGCAUGAGAAUGUCACGACAUCCUAUACUGUGACAUUCUAUAGUAUUACUUUUGUGAAUUUCUUCAUGGCUUACUAUUCUAACAUUUCUAUGGCAAACUAAACUGACCUUUGACAUUUUUAUGGUUGUCAUAGAACAUAAAACGUUUAUCCUGCAGUAUUGGAAAUAAAAUGCAUUUUUUGCUUUAGUGCCGACAUCACCAAAGACAAUGUCUUCAUAGACUUUAUUGUAGAAACAAACAUACUCACAUCGAAGGCCAAUUACACACACACACAUGCACCAUUCUUAACAUACAGUCUAUAUCCGUUAGCCACUGGGAUCAAGAGCACCUCAUUUCCUUACUUUGUAGUGUACUGAAACCUUAUUUAAAGCAUGUUUAAACCGUUUCACUGGCAUGAACAUCAUAGCGGUAGUUGGCAUAACAAGUGAGUUAACUGCACUUCAAAAUGUGAAUAUAUAAAAUAUAAUAUGAAAAAAAUACUAAACUUAAACUUUUUUUUGCAUAAUAUCAAAGAGGACACACUCCAGCUGACGCUCCAAAGAGCUCAGUACUUCCCCCUGAGACUACGAGGGGUGGGGGCAGGGCUGCGAGGUGGAGACUGCUGGCGAGACCGCAAGAUCCGUGAGUACGGUGUAACGUUUGCUUCUUCGGCAGCACGAGUAUUGUAUUUACGCGUUGGGGUACAUGUCGGGAACAAAGGCUGGAAAAGGGGCCUUUUUUGCGGCGGCCGGUUCUCAGUGUCACUUGGUGCAGCGACCUCAUAGCCCCUCUUCUUGUAGGAACCUGGCGUGAUGGAGGGCAGGACGGCCUGGGUCGGGGGCAGGAAGGCCUGGGUCUGGGCCAGGGUCUCUGCUUUCCGCCUCAAGUCAGCCUUUACAAGCAUUAGGCCAUUCUGGAGGUCCAAUAGGAUUUGGUCCUAAGAAGAAGUCAGUAAAUAGGGUUAGACAAGACCACAGAGGGGGAAGUGAAGGAUAAGGUCGGGAGGUUAAGAGAGAGAUGGUAAAGUGAGCCCCUGAACAUGCUUUUGCACAGUAAUCACCUGGUGCAGAGGUUAGAAACCUAGAUUUAGUUUAAAAGCUGGCUGUGCAUUAAGAUUGUUAGAGAAGAGAGCAGAGGGAGAGAAAAACAGUGUUUUAAAUUGAGAAUUUUCAGCUUGAAAUUUGUCUUAUCCAAAUAAAAAUGAUUAAUGAAACCUGUAUUUCAUCAAUUUGAUUGAAGUCUGCAGUAACUAAACACUAACAAAAGAAUGAUUAACCUCAGAGCUGCAUUAUUAAAGUGAGCUUUCUAUAGCCCACCAUGACAUUUAUUUUUGCAGACUUUGUUUUCGGACUUCUUUUCUCAGAAUACACGGUCGAGCACCCUUACACACGAUUUCACAGAAUAAGCUCAGAAAAAUACAAAUGACAUAACAUUGUACUAUACAUAUCUGUGGUUCUACCUGUUUGGCCAGUGUCUCGUCUGCAGCCGUUAGAGCCUGUCGCAGCCGUUCGCCUCCCGUGUUGCGACAGCAGGCUCGUUCACCGGACUGCAGGUCGGCCCCGAGCCUCUGCAAAUCCAGACGCAACUGACGCAGGUUCUGUUGGGAAAAAAAGAGUCAGGAUUUUAGUUUUUCCUGAGGACAAAGAGACUCGCAUGCGGCUAAAUCAAUGGUGCAUUGCAUACGGCACAGCGGUAACUGACCCGUUGACCGUCCUCCAGCUUGCGGUCAGCAGCAUUGGUGACAGUGCAGGUUGAACCUGGGACUUCCAGCUGCAUCUUCAGCUUCGCCAGCUCUGCACAGGCAAGCAGAACAAGACGGUCAAAACCAUCAACAACGUCCGAACACCAACACAUUAUCAGGGCAGUGUUUCAGUCACCUUGUGUCCUGGCGAGCAGCUCAGCGCGACACUGGUCCAGCUCAACGUGCAGUCUGCCAUAUUCUGCCUGACCAGUGAGGCGCUGAGAGCGCCGAGGCCCCUCAGAGUCUCCAUGUGGCGCCGACAUGCGGACCGGUUCAGCUGCCUUGGUUUUAUCAUGGGCCUCAGACAAAGCUUCAAUCUCCUGAUCACGCUCCUAACAGAAAGGGUGAAAAGAAAAAAUAUCUGAGCAUGGACACAACAACAGAAUUAUUAAAAUAACUACAUUGCGGAUACACGUUGCAUUUGGGGAAAGAUAUAAUUUAACUGAAGAGCAGAUUUUAACAGAUUGUGUGUGUAUUGAAAUCACACCAUGGGGGCAGACUGCCUGAAAUAAUGCCAACUUAAGGCUGAAGAUUCAGCGCUCACCUUCAGCUCCUGGCUGUAGAAUUUCUUCAAAUGUUUUUGGACGUUGGCUAACUUGUCCUCGUACCUCUCUUCGAUUAGAGACCUCUCUGCCUCCAAGGUCUCACUGUGGGGCAAGAAGACAACACAACUUGUUAUCUGCAUGAAUUUCAAAGAGCAGCAUUUCUCAUAAUUUUUACAUUUCAGCUUCUUGUUGUGGGCAAUGUCUUUGAUGAAAAAAUACAAGGAAUGGAAAUGAUGGAUGCAAAUAAAGCACAAGAGAAUGACUUGAGCGACUAACCCAAUGCAUUAUUUAUUAUGAGUAAUAUCAUUAGAGCUAGUUCCCUAUAACACACAGUCUUUAUUAGCAUACUGUAUGUCAAUUCUUUAUGUCAUUAUCUUUUACAUGUACUGUGUUCUAUGUUAAAAACAGUUGAUCUGAACAAAGCAGACACGCACCUGAAGCCGUCUUGCAUCCCAGAAAUGACCUCCAUCAUCUCAGAGACCACCUGCUCUCUCACAUUUGCCUCAAGAACAUCUUUCUCUUCCCGCUGGCGCUGCACUUCUCUCUUCAGGACAUCGAUGGCCUG